AUGCGGGCCCUGCUGCUGCUCGGGAGCAUCGCGCUGCUGGCCUCCGCCGCGGGUCCAGCCAUGGCGCGCCCAUCCAACGAUACGAGCGCAGUGGCCCCGGGCCCGCUGCCUGCGCUCCUCGCGCACCUGCGGCGCCUAACCGGGGCUCUGGCGGGCGGCGGGAGCCCGGCGGGCACCGGCGCUAACGCCACCAAGACCAGCCCCGCGGGUGGCGCGGGUGCAGCGGCACGGGCGCCCCCUCCGGCCGAGCUCUGCCACGGCUACUACGAUGUCAUGGGCCAGUACGACGCCACCUUCAACUGCAGCACCGGCUCCUACCGCUUCUGCUGCGGCACCUGCCACUACCGCUUUUGCUGCGAGCACCGCCACAUGCGCCUGGCGCAGGCCUCUUGCUCCAACUAUGACACGCCACGCUGGGCCACCACGCCUCCGCCUCUAGCCGGAGGCGCCGGGGGCGCUGGGGGUGCGGGCGGGGGCCCGGGACCGGGCCAGGCAGGGUGGCUGGAAGGAGGUCGGGCCGGGGGCGCUGGGGGUCGUGGGGGCGAGGGCCCCGGGGGCAGCACGGCCUACGUAGUGUGCGGAGUCAUCAGCUUCGCUCUGGCGGUGGGCGUCGGUGCCAAAGUGGCCUUCAGCAAGGCGUCGCGUGCGCCCAGAGCGCACCGGGAGAUCAACGUGCCCAGAGCCUUGGUGGACAUUCUGAGGCAUCAAGCAGGACCAGCAACCCGCCCAGAUCGGGCCCGAAGCAGCUCUCUGACCCCAGGGCUAGGAGGCCCAGAAAGCAUGCCUCCCAGGACACCCAAGAACCUUUACAACACCAUGAAGCCCUCCAACCUCGAUAACCUGCACUACAACGUCAACAGUCCCAAGCACCGCGCUGCCACACUGGACUGGCGAGCCAUGCCACCACCCAGCCCUUCCCUGCACUACUCCACGCUGUCCUGCUCUCGAUCCUUCCACAACCUCUCGCAUCUCCCCCCAUCCUAUGAGGCCGCUGUGAAAUCAGAACUGAAUCGCUACUCCUCUCUCAAGAGACUGGCUGAGAAAGAUCUAGACGAAGCCUACCUGAAGCGCAGACAUCUAGAGAUGCCCCGUGGAACCCUGCCUUUGCAUGCACUGCGGCGGCCUGGUACUGGAGGUGGCUACCGCAUGGAUGGCUGGGGUGGUCCCGAGGAGCUGGGCCUGGCACCGGCACCCAACCCCCGGCGGGUUAUGUCCCAGGAGCAUCUGCUGGGUGAUGGCCGAGCUUCCCGCUAUGAGUUCACAUUGCCUCGAGCGCGGCUGGUGUCUCAGGAACACCUGCUGCUGUCCUCACCGGAGGCCCUCCGCCAGAGUCGAGAGCACCUGCUGUCACCACCACGAAGUCCUGCACUGCCCCCAGAUCCCACCACCCGGGCCAGCCUGGCUGCCUCACACUCCAACCUGCUGCUGGGGCCUGGGGGGCCCCCCACACCACUGCAUGGGUUGCCUCCAUCAGGCCUGCAUGCCCACCAUCACCACGCCCUUCACGGCUCUCCUCAACCAGCCUGGAUGUCCGAUGCAGGUGGGGGUGGGGGCACACUGGCCCGCCGGCCACCCUUCCAGCGCCAGGGAACCCUGGAGCAGCUUCAGUUCAUUCCUGGGCACCACCUGCCACAGCACCUGCGCACUGCCAGCAAGAAUGAAGUGACUGUCUGA